CUCAAUGAGACCAACUACACAGACUGGGUCAUGCGCAUGGAGGCCGAGUUAGUCAGGAAGGGAUUGUGGUCAGUCGUGCAGCCGGAAGAAGGCUCAGAGGGCGAGACAGACCCCAAAGUCUGUUGGGAAGUCCUGGAGCAGGUUCACCGGGCACAUGGUUUUGCAACACGGAUGGCUAUGCGAAGGAGGAUGAAUCGGAUGGCGAAAGGGAGUGAGGAGCCGAUGUCAACGUGGAUCGGACGCAUCAAGACACAGGUCCGACAUCUCCUCCAUGCCGAUAUCUCAGUAACGGAAGAAGAUCUCAUUUUAGCACUCACCUCGGGUCUCGGCAAGUGCUAUGAGCCACUCGUCAUGGCACUGGAUGCACUACCAGCUGAUCAACUCACCACGGAAAAUGUUGUUGCCAAGUUACUCAAUGAGGAGAUGAGGCAG